AUGCUGAGAACUGCAGGAACAAAGGUAUGUCUCAUUGGAAUAAAGAGAGGGAUCCCCCCUACUUUUGGCCAAUGUCGUCGGUUCAAUCUCUCGAAACUAAUUCGAGAGUCAGGAACAGAACGAUAUCAAUCAUACACAGUGAACAAGAAGUUCCUCUAUCCACCUGAAUUAGUGUACGAAGUAGUUUCGUCUGUCGAUAAAUACGAGCAGUUCGUUCCUUUUUGCCGACGCUCGUUUAUAAACCAACGAGACGCAAAGGGAGAGCCCAGUAUUGCUGGUCUUGAGGUUGGUUUUAAAGAGUUUGACGAAGCGUUCACAUGCAAGUUACACUGUGAAAAGCCACGAUUAGUUGUGGCGAAAUCGGUUACGGAAAGGCUCUUCGAGUUCUUGGAAACGGAGUGGACUAUUGAACCUCUGACACAAACUUCCUGUAAUGUGAAGUUGAAGCUUAAAUACGAUUUUAAGAGCACUCUAUAUAACCAGGUGAGCUCUCUUUUUGCCGGUAAGGUGGCCACAGUGAUGACCAGGUCAUUUGAAAAACGGUCCUACGAACUAUUUAAGAAAAGAGAGGCUCACAAGUCAGCGAUGAAGGCCAAACCCGCAAAAGUGACCGACAGCGCAGACUAG